CAGAGAGAGAGAGAGAGAGAGAGAGAGAGAGAAAACAGCGCAGUUUAGUUAAACGGGCUUCUCUGUGCUACUUGAGUUUAGAGCUAACAGGCUAAUGCUGAACGAGCCGAGCGCGUGAGCUAGCUGCCCCCGGAGUGACUGUGCGCGAGCCCGAUUCCCGUACCAGAAAUGGAGUUCCACAGCUCGAGCUCCGGCGCGGUGCUGCUGCCCGGAAGUAGCGUCCCCGCCUUCCUCACCAAGCUGUGGACUCUGGUGGACGAUCCGGACACCGACCCGCUCAUCUGCUGGAGUCCGAGCGGCAACAGCUUUCAUGUGUUUGACCAGGGCAGGUUCUCCAAAGAAGUGCUUCCUAAAUACUUCAAGCACAACAACAUGGCCAGCUUUGUUCGCCAGCUCAAUAUGUAUGGUUUCCGUAAGGUAGUCCACAUCGAGCAGGGGGGUUUGGUGAAGCCUGAGAGAGACGAUACAGAGUUCCAGCAUCCCUACUUUCUCCGUGGUCAGGAGCAUCUGCUGGAGAACAUUAAGAGGAAAGUGACCACGGUGUCCAAUAUUAAACACGAGGACGUAAGGCUGAGCCCAGGGGACGUUAGCAAGAUGAUCACAGACGUGCAGCACAUGAAGGGAAAGCAGGAGAACAUGGACAGCAAAAUCAACACCCUGAAACAUGAGAAUGAGGCUCUGUGGAGAGAGGUGGCCACGCUGAGACAGAAACACACCCAGCAGCAGAAAGUAGUAAAUAAGCUCAUCCAGUUCCUUGUCACAUUGGCGCGUUCCAACAGAGUUCUCGGGAUGAAAAGAAAGAUGCCUCUGAUGUUAAAUGACAGCAGUACGGCACACUCCAUGCCGAAGUACACCAGGCAGUACUCACUGGAGCCGUCACCCAAUCUCUCUUCCUCUGGAACGACUUUCACAGGAACAGGCAUCUUCUCCGCUACUUCACCUGUCAAAACCGGCCCGAUCAUCUCUGACAUCACAGAUCUGGCUCAGUCUGGCCCUGCGAGUGCAGAUGAGUGGAUCGAGGAUAGGACAAGCCCAUUGGUGCAUGUAAAGGAGGAGCCGCUAAGCCCCGCCCACGGUUCUGAGGUGGAAGAAGUGUGUCCUGUGGAGGUGGAGGUUGGGGCAGAGUCCACUUUACCUGCAGACACGCCCCUUUCCCCCACCACCCUUAUUAACUCCAUUCUGCAGGAGAGUGAACCAUCACCUGCCCCACCUCUGCCCCCAUCAGAGAGGAAAUGCUUAAGCGUGGCAUGUUUGGACAAUUCCUCCCAGACGUCUGAGGUGCCCCACCCUUUUCCCAGCCUCUCCUCUUCAUCUUCUCACCUGAGAUCACAUUCACGGUGUGAGCUCAGCGAGCACCUGGACAGCAUCGACAGCGGCUUGGAAAACCUGCAGACAAUCUUCAACAUGCAGUCCAUCAACUUUGAUUCCUCACCAUUCUUUGAUAUCUACGGUCCAAACACUGGCGCUGACUUUGACCUGGACACUUUGACAACAAUUCAGGAGUUACUGUCUGAGCCUGCACGAGAUACAGUGACAGAGUGCAGUGACAACAUUGAACCAGGAAAGCAGUUGGUCCAGUACACAGCUCAGCCGAUGGUGGUGGCCGACCCCGGGGCCCCUGAGACCAUGGCUGAGGAUCUGCCCAUUCUGCUUGAGCUGGAGGGAGACUCAUACUUUAACCCAGACCCUGCUGAUGAUUCUACCAUCUCGCUCCUGACCACUGACUACCAAACCACAGGACCUGAAGUCCCCAAGCUCUAGUAGAAAAAAAAACAGCUUAGACAAAAGGCAUUUGUGUGUGUUUUUUUUUUUUUUAUUGUUUUUGUUGUCUUUUUUUUUGUUUCAGUUGUGAAUUCAUUAUUUUUCUUUAUGGCCUGUUUGCUCUUUUAACCUCAUAAAUUGAUCUGUCCUUACUUUAGCAUGCAGAGUGUGUGCAUUUUUUUUUUUUUUUAAACAUAUAUAUUAAAUGGAUUGUGUAGUGCAUAUGUCGAGAGAUGUUCUCGGAGACUGUUUGUCCCGUCACAGCAGGUUAUGUCUAAAGACGCUCCACACAGGAGCUGGUAAAGCACAGGGAAGCCUCACAGAGCUCCUGGUUUAAGGUCUGUGUACAUUACUGUAGCUGUUUGUCAGGCUUAUCUCAAAAAAUCCUAAACUUCCUACAUCUUACUUUAUGCUACAUCUAACUUCCUACAUCUUAUCAUAUGCUUUUUGAAAGUUGCCAAGAGAUUUUUUUUUUUAGUUUGCAGCGUUUGUUGCAUUUAAUUCUGUUUAAAGAGUUUGGACAAUACACGCGAGUACAUACUCAAGCAGCGCUAACACACAGCAUGUGCAGAAGGUCAGGGUUUUUAAUUGAACUAAUGGUGAGAAAUUUUAUCUUAAAUCUGGAGUACUAUUUAGAAAUUUCUUGUGCGCCACCACAUUUCACAUUUGCAGAAAAUAUUCAUGCAGUGUUUUUCUCAAUAUUCAUCAAACAUUUUUCUUUUCCUCUAUGUAUAUUGUUUAUCAGGUUCUCAGUGUAGACAGGAAUGAGUUAGGUAUAAAUAAGCGUUGAGGUGAUUGUGAGAGUAGAGUAAUCUUCGUUCUUGCCCUCUCAGGCUCACAUGUUCAUUUUUAGUUCUUAAAGAUGUGCAGUUCUGUAGCACAGGGGCUUUCAGGUUCAUCUGUUUCUGCCACUCGAACAUAAUUUUAAUCUAAUGAGAGAAAUAAAGCGGCAAUGUCACUGUGUGAGUUCUUAUUUUUAUAAAUACAGGUCCAACACUACACACACACAGCUCGAUGAAGGAUUAAUGUUAAUAGUUAAGUUCAUCAUAUUCAUGUCUAUAUCACAACUCAUUUUUUCGUGUGUGUGCUUUUUUUAAUGUCACUAAGUAAGAUAUCCAAAUAACACACAGUAGCAGGACAUUAGUCACUGAGCUUUAGGUUGAGCAUACAUGUUAAAGCUGAUAAUACACUUUAGUCUGAAUGUAGUGUAUUACUGAUGUGUUGCUAAUUACUGGUCGAUCUACAUCUUCUAACUGCAGUUCAACAUACACACACUCACACACACACACACACGAGUGCAUACAAUGUCUCUUAGAAGUGUAGACAGUUGUGAAACAAUUCUGUGUGACUGCAGUGAGUCAGGAUUGAAAAUGCUAUUAUUUUUGUACACAUCCUGCCCCCUGGUGGCUCUGGUUGGUCCAGCCUUGUUUCUUUUUUAAAAGCAGAGAGUGUUGUAAUGUGAAGAUGGCAGGAAUAUUAUAUAUAAUAUAUUGUUGCUCAUGUUUAAUAUUACAUUUAUUCGGUUUAGUUUAGUUUUUAGAUAUCUAUCAUAGAGACACGGAUAAAUUAUUUUCUUACGCAUGUGAACAAUACUUUGUGUAUGUUUCAAAUAAAAUGUUUUGUUUGGAAUUGAAGUGAGAGAUCACUGUCACACAGAGGUCAAGUGGGUUACAGUACGUCGUUUAAUGUGGUUUUUAAGAGCUACGGCCCAUCUGAGGUCAAAGAACCUCAGGAUUAACUGGUAGUCGAAUACCAAAGUUCAAUCAUAAGAACUGGCCUACGAAGUGUCAGCUGCUGAUAUGAUCAUAAACCUGAGUGUUAUUAUACCAUGAUAAAAAUGUCAAAUGUGUCUAGCAUAAAAGUUAUUCUAUAUUGGAAUGUGCAAAAUACUUUUUUACAAAUAAAUUUUUGCUUUAAAUAUU